UUUUUUAUCUUUCCACCACCACGGCACCACCUACCCUGCUCACCACUUCUCUCUCCCUUCCCAAAUCUCUCCGCAAUGGCUGACCAUAUGAAAGAGAAAGUAGUCACAGUAGAAUAUCUCGAUGUUCUCACUGCAACCGGCGAGAAAACUGGUAUCUCUAAACCCAGGGGGGAUAUCCAUAGGGAUGGAGAUUACCAUAGAGCCGUUCACGUGUGGAUAUUUGCCGAGAGCACACAAGAGCUCCUUCUUCAACUCCGUGCCGAAUGCAAAGAUUCAUGGCCCGGGUUUUGGGACAUUUCUAGUGCUGGUCAUAUCUCGGCUGGUGAUUCGUCUCUUGUCACAGCAAGGAGAGAGCUUCAAGAAGAGCUUGGUAUUACACUUCCAAAGGAUGCAUUUGAACUGCUAUUUAAUUUCCUCGAACAGUGGGUCACAAAUGCCGGAAAGUUCAUUAACAAUGAAUUCUGCGACGUCUAUCUUGUCACAACAAAAGAUCCAAUUCCUUUGGAGGCUUUCACUCUUCAGGAAUCUGAAGUUUCAGAUGUUAAAUAUAUACCGUUGGAGGAGUACAGAAGCUUGCUUGCAAAAAAGGAUUCUAAAUACGUGCCUUAUUAUGUAAACGGUCAAUAUGGUCAGCUCUUCGAUAUUUUGUCGAAAAGGUACAAUCAAAAUGCCGAUGAACGCGUUUUAAAUCUACAAAAGCAGCUGAACCGUUAUGCUCCUGUUUCACUCGACGCGGAGCUGGCUGGGCUCAGCGAUGCAGACAAGGAAGCUCUGACUUCAAUCGUUAAAGCUGCAAAAAUAAUGGACCAAAUUGCCCUCCUUCAGGCUUGGUACAGCAAUCCAUCUUUACGAGAUUGGCUAGAGCUGCAUGCUGAUGAAUCUCAGUUCGACAAAUUAAAAUGGAUGUAUUAUAUUGUCAACGGAACUCCAUGGUCUUCUUUGGAUGAAAAUGAGGCAUUUUUGACAACAGCAGACUCGGCUAUAAAGCUUCUUCCUCAAGCUACAAAACCCGUGACGGGGUGGAAUGGGAUUGAAUACAGGACAGCAUUUCCUGUCGUGAAACCACCCGGUGCAAAUUUUUAUCCUCCAGAUAUGGACAAAUUGGAAUUUGAAUUAUGGAAAAAUAGUCUGCCCGAAGAUAAACAGAAAGAAGCAACAGGGUUUUUCACCGUCAUCAAAAGAGAGAGUGAGAGAAUAUUGGACGAGUCGCCAUCGCAAACCUCACAAAUCGGCACUAGUGACGCUCACGAUCUAUAUAUCGUCCCUUACUCCGAAGAGUACAAUACUUUCCUUACAAAAGCUUCCGAUUUACUGCGCAAAGCUGGGGAUUUGACCGACUCUGCCAGUUUGAAGAAGCUGUUGCAUAGUAAGGCUGACGCCUUUCUAUCGAACGAAUACUACGAUUCAGAUAUUGCCUGGAUGGAUUUGGAUUCGAAGCUGGAUAUCACUAUUGGCCCGUACGAGACGUAUGAAGAUUCAAUAUUUGGAUACAAGGCCACUUUUGAGGCAUUCGUUGCAGUUCGGGAUGACGAGGCAACAGCUCAACUUAAACUAUUUGGUGACCAGUUACAGGUUUUGGAGAAGAAUCUUCCGGUCGACAGUGUUUAUAAGUCAGAGGAUGUGACUGCAGCCCCGAUUCGAGUCGUCCAGCUUAUUUAUAAUUCUGGGGAUGUGAAGGGCCCACAAACUGUCGCGUUUAAUCUUCCCAAUGAUGAAAGGAUAGUCAAAGACAGAGGAACCUCUAUGGUCAUGCUCAAGAAUGUUUCUGAAGCAAAGUUUAAGCUUAUUCUUGAGCCUAUUGCACAGGCAUGCAUAAGUGAGGAGCAACGUAAAUACGUUGACUUUGACUCUUUCUUCACUCACACAGUGUGUCAUGAGUGCUGCCAUGGUAUUGGACCUCAUACCAUCACACUUCCAAACGGCCAACAAUCUACAGUCAGAUUGGAGUUGCAAGACCUUCACUCGGCUUUGGAAGAAGCUAAAGCAGAUAUCGUGGGCCUUUGGGCCCUAAGAUUUCUUGUUAACAAGAAUUUACUACCAGACACCUUGAUCAAAUCGAUGUACGUUUCUUUCCUGGCUGGUUGCUUCCGCUCCGUACGUUUCGGCUUAGAAGAAGCACAUGGGAAAGGGCAAGCAUUGCAGUUUAAUUAUUUAUUCGAGAAAGGGGCCUUUCUUUUGCACACCGACGGAACAUUUUCGGUUGACUUUGAUAAGGUAGAAGAUGCGGUAGAGAGCUUAAGUAGGGAAAUUCUCACAAUACAAGGAAAAGGCGAUAAAGAAGCUGCGAAAACUCUUCUUACGAAGCAUGCUGUGAUUACUCCGCCACUAAAAUCCGCUCUCGAUAAACUGGAAACUAUUAAGGUUCCUGUUGAUAUAUUGCCUGAGUUCCCAAUUGCUGAUGAAAUUCUGCGCAAAAGCAUCUGAUGAAUUGCAAUCAUUGAUUUAAGCUGUUAUAGCACUCUGUUUGGUUGAAUUGUUAUUGAAUAAAUAACUAAAUUAUCAACAUUUUUAACUAUUUUGUUAAAUGAUUUUUAUUUAAUUUUC